UUAAGUUAGGCGGGUAAUGUAUGCAUCGGUGCAGGAAGGUGUUUUUCUGCUGCAGUUUAUAGUUGCGUAGAGUCGAUUGUUAGAGUAUUUGUAUCAAUACUUUUUUUUAUGGUGGUAAAGAUGUUGUAAUACAUGGUUCGAAUGGGAAAGUAGUAAUUGGCGCGCGGUUCCGAAGAAACGCGUGGCUUUGAGGAUAGAGAAUGAUGGGGAAGGCUGAGAUGCGCAACUGCAUAAGAAGGUGGACAGGUACAAUGGGGAGCCAUUUGGAGGAGGAUUUGCAUAGCCUUCCUGAGUAUGAAAAUGAAGAAGAGGAAGACUUUCCCCCUCUAUCUCCGCCCCACUCCCUGGGUCAAAAUGACGGGGAUGUGGAUCUCUUUGCCAAUGGUGAACAGACUGGGGAGAUUUCUAAACUGGAUGAAGCUCCAGUUGCUAAGAGAAGAGCUGUGAAGCGACCACAACCAAAAUUAGACUCCCAGAGGCUAAUUUCUGAAAGAGGUCUUCCUCUACUUCGAACUCUGUUUGAUAAUGUCAAAUUCAAGGGCAAAGGCAACGAGGCUGAAGACUUAAAGCUGCUGAUGCAGCAUAUGGAGCAUUGGGCACACCGCCUCUACCCAAAGCUGCAAUUUGAGGAUUUUAUUAAUAAACUUGAAGUUCUGGGAAACAAAAAAGAGGUUCAGACUUGUCUCAAACGAAUUCGAAUGGACAUGCCUCUGACGCAUGAAGAUUUCAUUACGAAACCUGACGAGGAUGCACCAAAUGCUAACCAGUUACCUGAAGAGCCAGAUCCUUUCCUUACCUCGACUCCCAUGACGGCACCAGUCCACUCUACUCCCAUGGGAAGCAGCACACUGACGGAUGACCAGCGCCAAAGAAUUGAGCGCAAUAAACAGCAAGCAAUGGAGCGGAGACUGCUCAGGCUACAGCAGGCAGCCUCAACUCAGGACCAGAAUGGUUCCACCCUUGAGAGUCCUCUAGAAACAGCCCAAGACUUACCAGAAGACGGAGACCCUGGGGUGAUUGAUAUGCAGUCAAACUCUGUGCCAGAUGAGAGUGAUGAAGAGGUGGGGACCCCUAGUAUGGAACAUGCAGUCCCUUUGCCAGAGGAGCAAGUAAGCAAAAGAGAACCUGACCAAAGUGAGGUUCUGGAGGAGCCAGAGGAUGGCCAUAUUUAACCUUUUGGUUUUCACAGUUCAACAACUUCUUACAUUUACAAUGUAAGGUUCUGUUUUAAUGACAAACUGCAAUAUUUUCCAAAACUUUAUUAUUUUUUUUAAUAUUCAGAAUUAAAACUAACUUUAUAUAAAAAAGCAGCAGAUUUAAUCUUUUGUUUCAAGUCGCAUGUCAUGUUGGAUGCAGGCUGGGGUCCUUC